CGUCGCGGUCAGUCAUGCAGCAAGUACUGUGGCGUAUUCGAUCGAAUCUCGCACUCGUCCCAGUUAUUUAUCACCAGCGGCUGACUGCCAACAGCCACCUCAGGUCAUGGGCUGACCGCCAGCCACCUAUCAUGGGUUGACCUGGGCUGACUGCCAACAGCCGGUCUGAAUCAUUAACCUAUAUAUAAGUUGUGGUGAGCUCAUCCGAUCUCCACAUCAUUUCUCCUUCGUUCCGAUCUGCCACACCCUCACACCAGGUCUGAAAAAAUGAAGUACAACAAAAGCUUCACGGCUAUCAUGGCCGCCGGCCUGGUGCGAGGUUCGCUCGCUCAGAGCGCGACGUGGUGCGGAAAGAACUAUAGGGCAAAUCAGUCUGUGGUGCACCCUGGUGGACAUUUUGUUUUGCCUACGCGAAGUGUUCAACCGCUUCUGUCGUUCCGCUGUGCCCCUGUCUUCCGCCCAUACCUCGAGGAGGAUGCGAAGAGCGCGGCAUUUGUAGUCGAUACGCCAAUUGUUUAUGACUCGAUCACUGGAGCUGAGUCCAUCAUACUUCCUUCCAGCUCCAGCUCUUCUAGCGGCUCCACUGGCCUAGGCAGCCUCAAUGUCACCAUCACAGUGGGCUCCGUCCAUACCACUGCAAAUGUCCCUCUGAACGCCACCGGCGUUCAAAUUCCUGUGGAUAUCAGAAUGCUGGAGGCUCAGAAGACUGCAUACGACGUCAGCUGCUUCGCUACAUACUCUGUCCCUUCGUCUUCGAAGUCCCAGCCUGCAGACCAGCAGACAUUCAAGACUAGCGCAUCCCUGUUGUAUCUCCCUGACACAACUGCUUCCGUCACGAAGACUGACUUGCGCACUGGCGCACUCUGGGUAAGGCCUGCGAAUGGCGAGGGUGGAGCAUUUGCGCCCUUCAUCCCUCAAGGGUUCUACAUAAAUUUUGACAAGUAUCUGGCGAAAAAUUUGACCAUGAUUGAUCAGCUCAAAGCCGAUGGGUUUAACACUCUUCACCCAAUUCCUCCAUAUGAAAACCUCACCAUUUUCCAACAAGUCAUCGACAAGACCGUCAGUGCUGGCAUGUACAUCGUUUACGAUAUGCGAUCGAACUACCUAAACUUGACCGCUGUCGCUCAACAAGUCAACACUUAUGCCUCAGUUCCCAACCUAUUGAACUGGGAGACCGCGCAUGAGCCCGAUGGCAAAUCGGACCCCCAAGAUGCGGCGCGGGCGACAUACGACUUAAUAUACCAGAUGGACGGAUAUCACCCCAUCUCUAUUGUUCUGAAUUGCGAAGACUACAACUUCUCUCCUUAUGUCAACGGAGCAGAUAUCGUUCUGCAAGAAGCUUACCCUAUCGGAAUUAACGCCACAUUCUCUCCUGUGUGGCAUACAGAAUGUACCCCAGACUUCGGCCACUGUGGUUGCGAUAACUGCCAAGGCACCCUAUCUGAUAUCAAGACCCGUGUCCAGACCUACAGGAACAGGCUCAACAUCCUGGGCUUUGACCGCACCAAGUCCGUAUGGACUACGCCCCAGGCCUUCGGCAGUGGCGCAUACUGGAACACCACUCCCACCGGGCAGCAAUGGGCCGCUAUGGGACUCACUUCUUUCAGCCAUGGUGCUCUAGGUUCCAAGUCCUUCCAAUACCCGACCACAACCGGCAAUAUCACGACAAUCGAGGAGAUGGCGGGUAACCUCACUGUUCUCGUCAAAAACUUUGUUCAGCCCUUCAUCGUCGACCCGAACGCAACAUUUGCCAGCUACGACUACAAGGGCGUGGAUGCUGGUGUCUGGCACAACGGCACUGCAUACUUACUCCUCGUUACCAACUUGGUUAAUGCGGGGGUCUUCAUGCCGUGGACAGCGUUCGGAUUGCCAGCUUCGACCACCAACGCGACGACGCAGGUACAGCACAUAUUCUCCGUCUCACAGAAUACCAGCGUCACCGGUCUGAAUGUCCGACCUGGAGGCAUUGGUAUUUACACUGUGACGCCUUGAGGUGGUUGUAAAGUAAGAACCAAGGAAGCUGGAACGCGCAUUUCUCAUCUCCUUUUCGUAUUUCCUUUUUAUUGUUAUUAUUAACUUAUUUUUAUAAUUCAUGUCUCGAGUACGCUCUUGGGCUCACGUGAAGCCCAUGGUAGUCUCGGCAGUGACGACUCGGCGGACGAUUGUAGACUAACGUUGUGUCUAGGUCUCCAAUC